GAUGCGUACAUCUCUGAACAUUUCUGCUCCCUCUCUUCUUCAGUUUUACUGAUUUGGUUAUUUGUUAAAGGAGCUCAAACCGAGACUUGGAUUUGAUGAUUGAGUGAUAAAUCAUGGGUUAGGUUUUUGGUUACGGUAGUUUAGAAAGUUGGGCUCUUCUAGGGCAUACCUGUGUUGUGUUGGGUUUUUUCAUUUGAUUUUUUACAUGAUCAUGCAUCUCUGUUUUUAAUUUUUAAGAUAUUAAAGCUUUUGUUUUGUAUUUGUUUUUGUGUUUAAUUCCUAAUGAUCAACAAAGACGUUUUUUAAAUGUAAGUUUUUAAAUACAAGGGCUUUAGACGUUGAUUUAAUCGUUUUUACCUACAUUCGUGAACAAAAAUGUAAAUAAUGAUCGUAAAUUGAAAUAAUUGUGGGUUUUUUAUUAGUCCAUAGCUGUUGUUGGUCAUUAAAAGCUGUUUGAGAAUUGAAGUUGAGAUUGUGAAAUGGCUUGAGUUUGGUGUUCAUCUGUUGUGUAGUUGACUAAUAAUGUGAAGCCAUCGUGGGAUCCUUCAAAUUUCAACCAAAAUUGGGAUGGUUUGUCAAGAGCUUUCAGUGCAAAACCUGCAGGUGGAAAUUUUAUUGGUAUUGAUUCAGGUACAACAAAUUCAUGUGUUGCUUUUAUGGAAGGAAAGAAUUCCAAAGUUAUUGAGAAUGCUGAAGGAUCUAGGGCAAUCCCUUCAAUUGUUGCCUUCACCCCAAAGAUAGUAGCCGGGAUCUUUGGAAAGAGCCCGAGCACGGGAGUUAACCCAGACAAGGCAGUGGCUAUGGGAGGUGCAAUUCAGGGUGGAAUUUUAGGUGGAGAUUUCAAAGAAUUGCGUCUUCUUGGUGCCACUCCCUUGUCACCUGGUAUCAAGACACGGGUUUUCUCCACAGCAGCUGACAACAAGAGCCAGGUUGCGGGCAUUCCACCAGUUCCAAGGGGCAUGUCUCAGAUUGAGAUGACCUAUGACAUUGAUCAACAUAAUACCAUGAAUAUCCUUCGUCCAUUAUCUCCUCAUCUUCCUAUUUAUAGGCCCCAGGUUAAUUCGACAUUUUCCAUUGUCAAUAGAAUCUCAGGGGCUUUCCUAUCUACUAUAGUUUUGUGUUUUUAUUUUGUUUGUCUGAAAACGGGUUUGAUUUGCUUCAACUAUUAUAAUUUCUACCAAUUCCUCUUUUAUUCAUCCAAGCUGAUCCUAACCUCCAUCGAUGUUACCGCUGCCCUUGCCCUGGCCUAUCAUCUUUUUUACGGGGUUCGUCAUUUAUUGCAUUGACGGAUUUCUCUCAUUUUGUCGAAUAAGGAAUCCUCAAAUCAAAAAGGGGUCCCAUUUCCCUUCCUGCUGAAGGGAGCAACCCUUCUCUUGAUAUCCGUUGUAGGGGGGCUUCUCAAAUUGAAUGUAUUCGUCUUUUUGUUCAUUUGAAAACCACCUAUGGAUGCUAUGGCUGAGACCCUUUUUUAUUGAAUCAAUAACCAUUUUUUUCUGGAA